AUGUUACCUCUGGAUGAACAGCACAGUGCAGAAGGAGAUUUACAUUGUGCCAUGAAAUGUGCAAUGAGCCAAAGUGAUUGCUAUAAUUUCAUGUAUGAUGACAAUAAUAAAACGUGCACAUUAGCACAAGGAAAAAUUCCAAAAACACAGACCAGAGUUCUGUACAACCCAGCUGUUUAUAAAUCUUGUGCCGACGUGAAGAACUCCACCAACCCCAGACAACUUUUACAACUGUCGUCUGGUCUUGUCGUCAUGUGUGACACAGUGACAGAUGGAGGGGGCUGGACAAUUUUCCAACGUCGUGUCUCCGGUGUCGUGGACUUUUACCGCAACUGGGAGGAAUACAAACACGGGUUCGGUGACUUCGACGCUGGAGAAUUUUACCUCGGCAACGAAAACAUUUACUGUCUGACAGCAAACAGGUCUUAUGAAUUCAGGAUCGACAUGACAUACAAUGGAACAAGUUACUACGCUGCGUAUUCAGGAUUUAAAUUUUAUCCUGAAAGUGAAUUUUACAAGUUGUAUUUUGAUGGGUACUCUGGAAAUGCCGGUAACUCAAUCAACGACAAAAACAACAACCAAAAGUUCAGCACCUACGACCAGGAUAACGACAGCGGCAGCAGGAAUUGUGCUGUUGUCUACCACGGCGCAUGGUGGUACGCUGAUUGCCAGAACUCGAACCUCAAUGGCCUGUACGGGAGUACAGAGUACGGUGUGGGUUUAAACUGGCUGGCACUAACUGGCGAUUAUGGGAGUCUCGACAGUUGUGAGAUGAAAGUCAGAGCCAAAUAA